CACAAACUUUAUAGUAUUAUAAAUAUAUAACACCUGAGAAGUGAUUCGGUAGAGAGUUAUUCAUUUUGUGACAUUUGUUUAUUUUAUAGAAGCAGUUACCAGUGAGUGUCCUCGGUUGUCAUACCUUAGUACUAGUUAUUAAUACUAAAUAUUCACUAUAAACACAAUUAUAUAUAUAGUAGUCUUAGUGAAGAAGCAUUAAUAUUAGGAAAUUGUGUUAACUAAGAGAAGAAAAUAUAAACCAUAAACAAUUGAAGGAACAAAAAUUGGAUGAAACAGUUUUGAUGUUUAUUGAAACUAUAGUUAGAUUUCGUAUGUAUCACUCAUAACUGCCACUGCCACUGCCACUGCUCUAACUUCAAAGUCUAGUGAACUCUCAAAUUUACUCCUUCUCACGUUAUCAAGCUUAGGAAAUAUAAAGUAUAUAUAUUUCAAAGAGUAAACUUAUGUGUAUAGAUGAAAAUUAUAAAGAAGCUGAAAUUUUACUUCCACAAAUUAAUGGUGAUGUUAGCUAUAAGCAAGGAACAAGAUAACAAAGUGAAAUUCAGCAAUGACAUUAAUUUCAAUACUUUCUAUAAGCCUACUAUUGAAGAAGAGUGUAUAGGCUUGAAGGUAGCAUUGUCAUGCAAAUAUCUAGUACAGAAUAAUUCUGAUACAGAAGAUGAAGUUGAGGACUCUUUGUUACCGAAAAAACCAGAAGUAGUGAUGUUAUUUUCUUCUCCAUUUACUGAUUCUGACCGUGAUUUAGCUGCGACAAAGCUGCAGAAAGUUUACAAGAGUUAUAGGAUUCGAAGAUAUUUAGCAGAUUUGGCCGUUGUUUGCGAGGAGCUAUGGUGGACGGGUUCAGAAACUUCUGCUUUUCAAAAGUGCUUGAUAUCACAUUUUGACUCUGAUAAAUCUGAAUCAGCUAUUUCAAAAUGGGCAACUGCAAGGACAAUGGCUGCUAAGAUGGGAAGAGGAUUAUCCAAAGAUGAUAAUGCGCAAAGAUUAGCUCGAAAACAUUGGCUUGAAGCUGUAAGCUCAUACUUCUACAUUGUAAUUGCUUUAUCAUAUGGUUUCUUGGACUCCAAGAAAAUAAACUUACCGAGGCUAAUGCUUUCUUAUAUUUUGCAGAUUGAUCCUCGUCAUCGCUAUGGACACAAUCUGCAUUUCUAUUAUGAUGUAUGGUUUAAGUGUCAGAGUUCUCAACCCUUUUUCUACUGGUUGGAUAUUGGUGAUGGAAAAAAAGUCAAUCUUGACAUAUGUUCAAGAAAGAAAUUGCAAAUGCAACGAAUAAACUAUCUUGGACCUAUAGAGAGGGAAGCAUAUGAAGUGAUUGUGGAAGGAGGCAAGCUUGUUUACAAACAAAGCAAUAACCUUGUACACACAACCGACGGAUCUAAGUGGAUUUUUGUUCUUAGCUCGUCUAGAGUUUUGUAUGUUGGACAGAAGGAAAAAGGCAAAUUUCAACACUCAAGUUUUGUAGCUGGUGCUCCUACCAUUGCAUCUGGAAGAAUUGUUGCACACAAUGGAGUACUUCAUGUUAUUUGGCCCUAUAGUGGCCACUAUCGUCCAACAGAGAAGAAUCUUAAGGAAUUCAUUCGCUUCUUGGAGGAACAUCAUGUGGAUAAUAUGACAAAUGUAAAGAAACAUCCAGUUGAUGAUGAUAUUAUACCUCCCAAUAAACCUGUGGUUGAGGAGCUUCACUUUGAGUACAUAGAAAAUGUGGGGAACUUUGAUACCAAUGUGGAAAAUAACAAGGCAUUGUCAAGCAAAUGGACUACUGGUGUUGGUCCUAGGAUUGGUUAUGUAAGAGAGUACCCACCAAAACUUCAACUUCAGGCACUUGAACAUCUUAAUCCAUCACCAAGAGUCAACAAUGGAACAUUUGAAGACAAAACAACCAUUCCAUCUUUAAGAGCCAGUCCAGAAGUUCAUCUGUCACAUAGACUUGAAAAUAUGGAACUUAUCUAGUUCAAUGUUCCAGCUACAUAUGAGGCAUUCAUGUGCAUAGACACUACUUUAACUUUAGCAUAAAUAUUUGGAAUGUAGUAUAUAUUACAUAUUAUAUUAGUACAUAAUAUAGGAAGAUAAAGGUCAUAAAGGAGAAAACCCAAUAUUAUUAUUUUUUAUUUGGGUUUUUCAUGGCCAUUCUUUGUGUUGUAUUGUCUUCAACUUCAUAGUUGCUUGUCCAAUAGUUUUGAGGGGAUGGUUAAUCAUACAUUGUUGCAAGUCAAAGUCACAUAUGAUAGAAAAAAAAAUUAUUCACCUCUCUUUCUUA